AUGUACCAGGAUGGAGACCUGAUUCUGGGGGGCCUGUUUGAGGUCCACUUUCUCACUGUGUUCCCAGAGCUUAGCUUCACCAGUGAACCGGAACAGCCCUAUUGUGAACAGUUUGACAUGGCAAGUUUCCAGCAGGCACAGACCAUGGCUUUUGCUAUUGAUGAGAUCAACAGAAAUCCCAAACUACUGCCCAAUAUCACUCUAGGCUACCACAUGUACGAUAACUGCGUGAAGCUUGCGGUUGCAUUCCGGGCAGCUAUGGCCCUGCUCAGUGGGACAGAUGAAGCUGCUUCCAGUGUGGACUGCACUGGUUCUCCCCCAGUGAUUGGGAUAGUGGGGGACCCGGGAUCCACACACUCUAUCGCUAUCUCUAGUGUGCUGGGGUUGUUUCGAGUACCCAUGGUUAGCUACUUCGCCACCUGCUCCUGUCUCAGUGACCGGCGUCAGUACCCCUCCUUCUUCAGGACCAUUCCCAGUGACGCCUUCCAAGUGUAUGCCAUUGUCCAGAUCCUGAAGCGAUUCGGCUGGACCUGGGUGGGCCUGGUCUACAGUGACGAUGACUAUGGUAUCCAUGCUGCCCACGCCUUCCACCAGGACGUGCAGGGGCAGCUCAGUGGCUGUGUAGCUUACUCUGAAAUGCUGCCACGAGACAACAACCGCAAGGACGUGGGGCGUAUUGUCGAAGCGAUUAAAGCCUCCACAGCAAGGGUAGUGGUGGUCAUCUCCACUGAGGCUUAUCUGUUGCCACUCAUGGAUGAAGUGGCUCUUAGGAACGUAACUGGCAGGCAGUGGAUUGCCAGCGAGGCCUGGGCCACCUCACCAGUCUUCCUCACCCCACGUCUGCUGCCAUACCUUGGUGGCACACUUGGUAUCGCCAUCCGCCGUGGGGAGAUCCAGGGACUACGGGACUUCCUGCUUCGCCUUCAACCAGACAGGCAUCCAAAAAACAACAUGGUACGGAACUUCUGGGAGGAAAUGUUUGGAUGUACAUUUGAUUCUGGAGGUAUACAGGCUGAUGGAGAAGGGGAGAAAAAAGUGUGCACAGGAGAAGAAAACCUCAGAAACACAGACACAGCAUACACAGAUAUAUCUGAGCUAAGGGCUUCCUAUAAUGUGUAUAAGGCUGUUUAUGCUCUGGCGCAUGCCCUGCAUGACUUGACGACAUGCGAAGACGGAAAAGGGCCUUUCAGUGGACAUAUCUGUGCCAGCUUAGGCAACAUACAGCCCUGGCAGGUUGUCGAUUACCUACAGAAAGUGAACUUCACUACUGGCUUUGGAGACCAUGUAUCAUUUGACAAAGAUGGUAAUGCUCUGGCUAUCUACGAUGUCAUGAACUGGCAGCCAAACCCAGAAGGGUCAAUCAAGGUCCAUACGGUCGGCAUGGUGGAUGAGGCCGCACAAGCAGAUUAUGUCCUCACACUAGAUGAGGAUGCACUGUUCUGGAACUUCGAUUCACACAAAGUGCCCAGGUCGGUGUGCAGUGAAAUCUGCCCCCCUGGCACCAGAAGAGCCAGAAGGAAAGGCCUGCCCAUCUGCUGUUUUGAUUGUCUGCCCUGUGCAGAUGGAGAAAUCAGCAACGUAACAGAUUCUACUGAGUGUACAGCAUGCCCUGAGGAGUUCUGGUCCAGCCCAGAGAAGGACCGCUGUAUCCCUAAAGAGGUGGAGUUCCUGUCCUACGAGGAACCGCUUGGUAUAUCCUUGACAACGGCCUCCCUUUUCGGCUCCUGCUUCUGUGCAGGGGUUCUGGGCAUAUUUGUACGUCACCAACACACCCCUGUUGUUAGUUACUUUGCAUCCUGUGCAUGUCUCAGUGACCACACCAGGUACCCCACCUUCUUGCGCACAGUUCCAAGUAAUGCUUUUCAGGCAAAAGCCAUGGCUCGCCUGUUGCGAAUGAUGGGAUGGUCCUGGGUGGGGAUUGUCUACGGAGAUGACGCCUACGGGGAAAGUGGCAUGCAGCUGCUGCUGAAGGAACUGGAAGGCUCAGGUGUGUGCGUGGACUACAUUGAGGCAAUCCCCAAAUCCUAUGCACUGAGCCGAAUCAGGCGAAUUGUAGAGAGGAUACAGAGCUCAAAGGCCCGGGUGGUUGUGACCUUUUCCAUCAGCCCAGAUACAGAGGUCUUGCUGAGGGAAGUGGUGAGGCAGAAUGUGACAGACAGGCAGUGGAUUGCCACAACAGCCUGGAGCACAUCGAGCUAUUACACCACAUGGAGUGGCAUCACCUUAGCAGGCACCAUUGGCUUAGCCCUUCGGAGCGCUGAUAUCCAAGGACUGAGCUCCUAUCUAAACCAGCUGAGCCCAGAGAAGCACCCAAAGGAGCCGUUGGUACAGAGAGUUUGGGAGGAGGUGUUUGGGUGCAAAUUUGGAGAUGAAAAUCAGUCGGAACCUCUGAAACCACAGUGCACGGGCUUAGAGAAGGUGGAAGUACUGGCUGAAUCUGAUGUCAAUUACAAUGUGUAUAAGGCUGUGUAUGCUAUUGCACAUGCUAUUCAGAACAUGCUGGACUGUCAGCCUGGAAAAGGGCCAUUUGAGAACGGAGAAUGUCCCGAGAUCAAACCAAUACAACCUAAACAGCUUCUGCAUUACUUAAAGGCAGUUGAGUUCACAACACCAGUCGGUGAACAGGUCAAUUUUGACAAUAAUGGGGAUCCAUCUGCCUCAUAUGACAUCAUUAACUGGCACAUAGGAUCUGAAGGAAAGAUGGAGUUUGUUAAAGUGGGGUACUUUGAUGCAGCAAGAGGACCAGAGCAAGACUUGCAGUUGGACCUGAAAAAUAUAGUCUGGGGAGGAGGCUGGGGUGACAAGGUACCGGUGUCUGUGUGCAGUGAGAGCUGUCCCCCAGGCACCAGAAAGGCUCUGCAAAAAGGAAAGCCAAUCUGCUGCUAUGACUGUAUACCAUGUGCAAAAGGGGAGAUCAGUAAUGCUACUGACUCCUCAGAGUGCACCAAGUGUCCAGAACGGUUGUGGCCCAACACUGACCAGACAGUGUGCGUCCCAAUGUUAGUUGAAUUCCUCUCCUUUCAAGAUAACAUGGGCAUCAUCCUCUCUGUGCUGUCUGUUGCAGGGGCAGCACUUACCGGGACUGUCCUUGCUGCUUUCUUCCGUUUUCGAGAUACGCCUCUGGUCCGUGCCAAUAAUUCAGAGCUGAGCUUCCUACUGCUGCUGUCACUCAAACUCUGCUUCCUGUGUGCACUGGCUUUCAUUGGCCGGCCGGCGCCUUGGUCCUGCAUGCUGCGCCAUACGCUGUUUGGGAUUAGUUUUGUGGUGUGCCUGGCCUGUGUUCUCAGUAAGACAGUGGUGGUCCUGGUUGCCUUCAGGGCGACUCUGCCUGGCUCAAACAUAAUGAGAUACUUUAACCCUGUUCAACAGAGGGCAGGUAUUUUCUUCUGUACACUGGUACAAGUGGGGAUUUGCGUGCUGUGGGUGACACUUGCACCACCUUUACCUACAGAAAAUGCAGGAGGUGAGCUUGGAGCUCGAGUGGUGCUGCUCUGUGCAGUGGGCUCAAUGGCAGCAUUCUCCCUGGUUCUGGGCUACAUUGGUCUGCUGGCCGCUAUCUGUUUCCUGCUGGCCUUCUUUGCCCGGAAGCUUCCAGACAAUUUCAACGAGGCCAAAUUCAUCACCUUCAGCAUGCUGAUCUUCUGUGCAGUGUGGAUCGCCUUUGUGCCAGCAUACGUCAGCUCUCCAGGGAAGUAUACUGUGGCUGUGGAGAUCUUUGCCAUCCUGGCCUCCAGUUAUGGCCUUUUAGUGUGUAUAUUUGCCCCGAAGUGUUACAUUAUUCUGCUCAGACCAGAGAGGAAUACAAAAAAGAACAUGAUGGCCAAAUAG